UUCUAUUCUAUUUCACAUUAUUGUCUUUAGCCUACCAGAAAAUGUCAUCUUCAUCUGAAAUUGUACUAACUAGCUCUCCUGAUGGCCCCAUUACAGCCUACGAUGCCUCCUCCGGUGCCAUUCUAGCCUGCUUCACCGGCAGCCGAUCACCCCGUCAAGGCCUCGCCCUUGUCGGGAACACCUUCAUCGCCGCCUCUCAUAUCUCCUCCUCCGCCACCGCUUCCGGCUCCGUCCACCUCUACAACUGGUGGUCUUCAACCGUCUUCCACCACCUUCCUCUCCCUGAACCCGUCGCUCCCCUCACCGCCACACCCGACGGCUUAUAUCUCUUCGCCGGCGGCGUUUCAGGCAAUAUCCAUUCACUGUCACUCCCCUUAGGGAACAUACUCAACUCACUCCCUGCUCAUGAAAAACCCAUCUCCUGCCUCAAAAUCACCGGCGACGGAUCUCUUCUCAUCUCCGGCGGCGACGACGGUACAAUUGUUGUUACACCAAUCUUUAGACUCCUCGAGGAGUCAUCAGUAAAUCCCAUAUUGCAUCGGAUUGCUGCACAUGCUGCUUCUGUCACCGCCUUUACUCUAUACAACACCACGCUAAUUUCUUCCUCGCUAGAUUGCACAUGCAAGUUCUGGAAUCUUCUACACGGGAACCACCUGCGGACGGUGGCAUUCCCAUGCUCGAUUUCUGGAGUUGCUCUGCACCCAUCUGAGACAGAGUUUUAUGCUGCAGGAUCAGAUGGCUUUGUUUACAAGGGUGGAAGGAGAAAUGGAGUGGCGAAAUGGGCUCAAAAGCAUGAUGGGGCAAUCAUGUCUUUGAUGGCGAUGAAUGGUGGGCGGGAUUUGGUGUCUGCCGCAGAAGACGGGAGUUUGUGGGUUCGGGAAGCGAAGACAGGACAUGUCAUCAUGGCUGUUAAAAAUGAGACAGAGAGCAUCAGUGAUAUGGUCGUGGCAAAAGGGAUUGGAAAUGGGAAAGGGAAAGGUGUUGAUAAUGAAUUGGUUGGGAAUUUGAGAAGUGUUGGUUUAUGUGGUAGAGAGUUGAGUUUUCGUGUUAAGGAGACACUAGAAAUGGGAGAUAUAUUGAGUGUGACGGCAAAGGAUAGAAGGAGAGCCAUUGAGAUGCUUGAAUCUGCUAUCAAAGUGUAUGAGAGGCUCUUGGAACUCAUUCUCAAAGAAGCCAAGCAAGGUAGUGGAAAUGGAGGCGAGUAAAUUGUACUAGUUAAGUUUGUUAUUUAAUUAAUAGCAAGUAAGGGAAAGAUUGCAUGUGAACUUUACUAGUUAAUUUUGUUAUCCAAACA